UUGUCUGUCGAGGCUCAGAACACCGAGACAGAAGGCUGCGCAGAAGCCAAGGAGGGUGACCUUCAAUGCGUACUGAGGCGUACGGACUGCAGUCAGGGAAAUUGGUUCGGUGAUGAGGAGACAGGUAUCCGGCUCGGUGAAUGGUGUGGAGGAGAAGCCGUUGGGCACACCGGCUGCUGCAGCUCAGCCUCGGGGCGUCAAUAUGGUGUGCCAGUCGAAGAUUCAGUACCCUCCGACGUUGCUGCUGCUGCUGCAGUACUUGGUCGCUGCUGUCACCACUCCAGUGGACGUUGA